AGCAGAGCAAGCUCCCAGCCCAACUUGGGUCCCACCAAGCCUUUGAUUACCUGGCUGCAGACAGGCGGUCUGACUCGCCAUUGACUGUGGUCUCGCAAUCUCCCAUACCAUACCGCCCGGAUCCAAUCCGACCGUCGCGUCGCGUCGUGUAAGUAAGAUGCAGAAGAGAUUUGCCUUGCCACAGCCAGACCAGUUCGGUCCAGUCUCCAUCGAUUCGUCGUCAGAAAAAGAUGUGGCCUAGUGGCACCCGCGGGACGAAGUCCGUUCGGUUGGGGGUGAUACUGCUGCCAUCCUGAGCCAGAAAAGGUUUUAAGCUCGGAAAUGGGGAACUUGUUGUAGUGCCUGAUUUUGUUAAGAUUUUUUAAGGUGUGAGGAAGCAGUUGAAAAUUGAACAAUUGUAUUGGAAAUAUAUCGUACCAGGUGAUUUUCAUCUAACGCAUUUGAUUUUUCAUUGAACAGAUUGUCAGUGGCUCGGCGGGUGGCGAACGCAAAAGGAUCUUCCUCUAAGUGAAAAUUUUCAGUUUGAGAGCUUAUGUGACUCGUGAUAAGCAAUAUGAGUGUGACUUUGAGCAAUUUCGGAUUGAUCAGGAUGAUUACUUGAGGUUGAAGUAUUUCGCAAAGGUCUCGAGUGCAAAGCUGAAUUUUCAGCUGUAUCGAUUUAUUGUAUGUUUUUUUCUUCUUUUACUGUUCGCAAGUUUGACAUCUGUGAGGAGGGUUCACAUUAAAUUUUGUGGUGCGUCGAUACACAAGGAAGAAGACCCACUCAGGGUUGAGAGAAGAUGAGAAAUCACCGUUGAGAGCAGUGACUUCAGCGCACCCCAGCAUCCUCUUUAUCAUCUCCACUCGUUAAACUCCGUCUUGCUGUUGGUUCUGAUGUUCACAGCGUUCACAGUGAACCGUAAUGUGGAUGCAACUGUCAAUUUGAGGACUCACUCACGCGUAACAUCGUGGAGAAAAAGAAGAGCGAGAGAAAAAGAGUCAUUGAAAAAUCACUCGCGAAAGGAGCGUUUUCUUUCACGAGCUUUUCGCUCCCCCCAAGAAAAGCUUGCCCAUUGAGAGGCCAAGAAGACAACAGAGAAUGUGCGGGAAUAAGCGAAGAGAGUCGAAAAGCCUCCCCUAUGCAAUAACAAUCAUGGCCCUGCUCCCGUGAGAGACGUGAUUUCAGUGUGAGCGUGCGUUGGGCUGUGUGGUUAGAUGUGCUUUUGAUGCGUGAAAUUCUCACUCGCCACCCACCAGCCCCCAAAAAAGUACUUCGGUCGGAAAAUCCUGUACAGUGUUCGUAGUGGUGAAUCGAAAGCCCAUAGUUCCAGUGUGUGCGUGUCGUAGUGUGUCAGAAGUAGCGGCAAACCAGCAGAGGAAAAUAAUAUAGCAGCGAAGUGAUCGCAGACAAACCUCGCGUACAGCCAGCCAGCAGCGCAUUGAUUGACUGGGUGGUGGUUGCUGGGCCGGGUGAUGAAGACGACGUCAUCAAGCCUGCAGCCCGGGCACUUGCAAUAAUAGUAUGGUAAUAAUGUUUGGCUACCAACCGGCAUGCCGUCUUCUCCAUCGUCGUCGUCGUCGCUGUUGUCGUAGACGUCGAUCGCCGUGGUGAUUCUGUCGGGCAAAUAGCAAGCCCAUGUAAAGGGAUAAAAGUGAAGUGCAGAGUGAAGAGAGAAAAAAAAAAUUGUGCAAAUAUUGCCCCCACAGGGACCUCCUGCCAUCGAGAAGAAAUCAUUCGCGCCCUCUCCCCCUCCCUUUUUGAAGACCGUGUAGUGUUCUGUGAUGCAUGCCGGUGUCAACGUGCGCCAGGGAAUACACAGAUAGAUGGCGUGACAUUUCCCUUCGAGUGGAUUUAUGGCUUCGUGGGUUUCCAGUGGAAGAAAAAAAGAUAUACCAUGAGUGACCGGAACCGCGAGCUGUAAAGUGACAUAAGUGAUGCAUAAUUUCGAAAAUUCCCUAUAUAUUAAAGUUUCAAUGGCUGUGUUGAAUGUAAAAUGCAAUGUGAGAGAGACUUAAGAGAUUCGUCACCAAAAUGACGGAUUAGUGGAAGAACAGUUCAUAGUUUACGUGCAUGUGAAAGCGACCCGACGCGUCACUUAAAUAGCAAAAAAGAAAGAUAAAAAUAGAAAUAGUGCUCCAGCCAUCAUGGCAGCUGUGGUGUACGGCAAUAGCCCGCGGCACAGCAGCCGCCACCACCAUCCGGGCCAGAGUCAUCUCGUCGGUGGAGUGAGUCCGCACUCGCCCUACCACCACCCUCAGCACCAGCAGCAGCCACCACUGCAGCACCAUUCACUGCCAUCGCACCACCAUGUGACUGCUUCCUCGAUGACGGCAGCAGCGGCCGCCGCGGCAGCCAUGUCCCAGCAGAUCAUCACCCCGCCGACGUCGUAUCUGUCCAUGUCGACGACCACGAUUUCGUCUUCGUCGCACCAGCAGACGACCUACUAUCUGCAGCAGCAGCAGCAGCAACACCAACAGGCGGUGCAUUACCACAAUAUGCGCAACUCGAAACGGAAGUCGGCGGUGGAACUGCUCGCCGAGAGCAAACCGUUCUAUGUCAAAUCGGAAAUGGUGCUGGAUCGGCAGCAGCAGCUCAAUAUGCGGGGCGGAAAUUCCGGACCGGUGUCUGGAUCGUACAUGCUUUCGCCAUCCCGCACGCUUCCGCAAUCCAGCUCGCAGCUGCAACCUGCCUCGCACCACCCGCAGCCCCAGCAACAGCAAAGACCCGCCAGCCGACGAAGCGCCUCGUCCGGUUCGGAUCUGUUGCAAACGAAACUGCGCAAGCUACUCAACACCGCCGACAGCAAAGAGACAAUAAUUCCCUCGGAUAUGGCCCUCAAUUCUAAAUACGGCGGUCCGCAAACACUGGAGACGACCUACAUCAGCGGAGCCGGCAUGUCCGGCAACGAUUGCAUCGGGUACAUCCAGCCACCGAAGAACUACCAGCAGCAACUGACCGUACAUCCGGAACAGCCGAGCGACGUUUCGGUGUUCUUCCCCAGUGCGUUCCUAUCGCCUCAAUCGCUGCCACCGCAUGCGGCAGCGGAUGACGAUCUCUACCUGUACAGCGUUCACGAUAGUCUGGUGCUCACGGAUGACUACCGUGCGAUUAGUCCACCGGCGGAAUACGCCGAGAAUAGUGCUUCACCGGAGAAGCACAACAGCAGUCAUAGACCCUAUCGUUCUAGCCGCUACAACUACCAACGAUCGUACUCGCAUUCCCAAGCGGUUGCCCAUCAGGACGAAUCCGACUACUCGCCUACGCAGUCGUACAACAUCAACAGCCACAAGUCACUUCCCGAUCUGCACUCCCAAAUCAGUCGUCAUUCACCACACUCGGAAGCGCUGAGUUGCUGUAGCCGGGGUAACCGCUCCAAUCGUUCCGGAAGCUCCUUCAACCGUGACUCUGGAGGUUCAUCCGGCCAUUACACUCACCACAGUGAACCAUGCUGUAAGCAACAGCAACAACAGCAGCAGCAACAACAACAACUGCAACAGAAAGAAUCCAUUAUGAUGGGCGGAGGAGCGGACUAUCGCCGUGACAGCGGAUCGUCCACGCAACAUAGUGGUAACUCAUACUACGCCUACGGAAUUCCACCUCUAAGAUACGACUGCAUCGAAUGCCGCGCCAAGAUUCGAGAGGAAGCAGACUGUCUGCUGAAUUUCACUACUCCUGAAGUUCCGGAGGCCUUCCAGGACAACUACAGCGAAAAGCAGAAACAAAAGUACUACGAUGAACCACGAGAUCGCGGAUCGGCAGCUCGCAAGUACUACAAGAACCCCGGACCAAUGUCGCCGCUGUCUCCGGUAUCGCCACUGUCACCCCAGGAUCAGCAACUGGAUCUUAGCCCUCCAUUGGGAACGUUCAAGCGACAGAAAUGCCUUCGGUUUAAGAACCGCGGCCGUCAGUCAGCCAUCAGCAAUCCGAACUCUCGCUGCGGAGAUGGUCGCGGAAGCUCCGGCGGAGACGACGAUCGCCGGCCGAUACUGCGAUCGAAGAGCGACAUUAGCGAUCGCUACUGGAACCGGCUUUCCGAGAGGAAUGAUCGCGAGCGUGAUCGAGAAAGAGAGCGAGAACAGCAGAAACUCUUGGAGAAGCAGCGAUCGCGAUCGGACAGUCUAACACAGCUGGAGCACUUCUUCGACCGACUAGGCUUGAACGACGAAACCUACGAGCGAUACAUCGCUCCCAAAGGUCGCAAAUCCCCUAAUUACAAGUCCAGCUCGGGUAGUGACAUCCAUCGGUUAUCGCCGGAGGACACGGGUGACUCGGACGAAUCCAGUGCCGUGUUCUUCUCGGACGUGAGUACGAUCGACUCCACCCGGCUGCCGGACAGUACGGAAACGACCAACGAACAACCGCCAAGUGGCGCACCCGGCCAGCUGGCCGCAGCAGGUCAACUCAAUAGUCUGAACAAUCCGGCCCUGUACCGGCCCAGCGAACCGCCGUCGAUAAUCGAACGGAACGCUCGGAUCAUCAAGUGGCUGUGCAACUGUAAGAAGAUGCAGCUAGCCUAAGGGUGGCUUACGGGGGACCAACUGCUGCCGACGGAGUACAGUUACGGACUUUCUUCAAAACCAGGACGCUUUAGAAUGGUUUGAACGGAACUAGGACGGGAACUUACCUUAGGGGCGAGAGUCGCGAGCGAUCUGAAAGAAGAGAAAAGAUCUAAGGUCAGAUCGGUUACGUGACGAUUAAGCUCGAGUUGCGCCAAGGGAGGAAAACAAGUUUACUUGAACUGGAAAAAGUUAAAAUUUGCUGGUUGAGCAAAACUUGUGUCACUUCUGAUAGGCUAUAUUUGAAAUUAUGUUUUCGUGGAUUGUACCAUUCCACUCACUCACAACUCUCGCGUUUUCAGUUCUUCAUCUAAAACUAAUUUGUGUUUUAUGUUUGAUAAAGUUUUGUUUAAUGAAUAAAAACUCAUUCAGUCGUUUGCCAUGUUCAUU